UUUUUUCCUUCUCUUUCCUACAGCACUCUCCAGUCUAUCAAAUUUCUCAGCGAUCACGUCUACUAAAUUUCCGACCUUGACUGAUCGCCGGCCACUGGUAACCACCGCAAUCAUGGCCGCAGUCUCAGUGGCGGCGGAAUGGCAGCUCCUCUACAACCGCUACUACCGGAAACCCGAACUGUACCAAAUGCAAUGGAAGCAUGUGGACCUCACGCGGAACAAGGUCGCCUGCGCACCCUUCGGCGGUCCUAUCGCAGCUAUCCGCGAUGACGCCAAAAUCGUCCAGCUCUACUCCGAAUCGGCCCUCCGGAAACUCCGUAUCUUCAACUCUGCCGGCGUCCAGAUCUCCGAAACUGUCUGGAGAAACGCUGGCGGACGGUUAAUUGGCAUGGCGUGGUCCGACGACUUAAAAUUAAUUUGCAUAACCCAAGAUGGCACCGUUUAUUGCUACUCCUUCCACGCUGAGCUCAUCAAGACCCUAUCCCUUGGUCAAGACGGAUUAAAACACAGCAUUGUGGAGUGCGUUUUCUGGGGAAACGGCGUCGUAUGCAUCAAUGAAGCCGUCGAGCUCUACUGCAUACCCGAUUUUAAUAAUCCGUGCCCGAUAAGGCUGGCGGAUACGGGUUUGGAAGAUAUGCCGUUGUGUAUGGCCGUGAUCGAGCCACAAUAUACGAUGUCGGGAAAUGUGGAGGUUUUGUUAGGGGUUUCGGAUUCUGUGAUGGUUGUAGAGGAAGAUGGGGUGCAGCAGACUGGCGCCGAAAUUGGGCCAAUUCAGAAAAUGGUGGUUUCCAGAAAUGGAAAGCUUAUAGCUUCCUUCACUCAUGAUGGAAGGCUUCUUGUACUCUCCUCGGAUUUUUCCAACAUUAUUUUCGAGUACACUUGUGAGUCAGCAUUGCCUCCUGAGCAGUUAGCUUGGUGUGGAAUGGAUAGCGUGUUGCUUUACUGGGAUGAUAUGCUUUUGAUGGUUGGUCCUUAUGGAGAUCCAGUUCGCUACCUUUAUGAUGAACCGAUUGUGCUUAUUCCGGAAUGUGAUGGUGUGAGGAUACUUUCGAAUACUAAUAUGGAGUUCCUGCAACGUGUUCCGGAUUCUACUGUAUCCAUUUUUCAAAUCGGUAGUACACAGCCUGCUGCUUUACUAUAUGAUGCCUUGGAUCACUUUGACCGCCGAAGUGCUAAGGCAGAUGAAAAUUUGAGACUUAUUCGCUCUUCGUUGCCUGGGGCUGUUGAAGCUUGUAUAGAUGCUGCAAGUCAUGAAUUUGAUAUUUCACAACAACGAGCGUUACUCAGAUCUGCAAGCUAUGGCCAAGCCUUUUGCAGCCAAUUUCAGCGCAAUCGCAUCCGUGAUACGUCUAGAACUUUACGAGUUCUGAAUGCUGUACGCCACCCUGAUGUCGGGAUUCCACUCAGUAUUCAACAGUAUAAGUUGCUUACACCAUCAGUUCUGAUUGGACGCCUGAUUAAUGCUCAUCAGCACCUUAUAGCUUUGCGGAUAUCAGAAUAUUUAGGGAUGAAUCAAGAAGUCGUCAUCAUGCAUUGGGCGUGUAACAAAAUAACUUCUUCAUUGGCAAUCCCCGAUGCUGAUCUCCUUCAAAUCUUGCUCGAUAAGUUGAAGUUAUGCAAAGGUAUAUCUUAUGCGGCAGUUGCUGCCCAUGCUGAUAAGAGUGGCCGCAGGAAAUUAGCCGCCAUGCUAGUUGAACACGAACCUUGUUCCUCCAAGCAGGUUCCUCUCUUGCUUAGGAUCGGAGAAGAAGUUACUGCUCUAGCCAAGGCAACUGAAAGUGGAGAUACUGAUCUUGUUUAUCUUGUCCUGUUUCAUAUCUGGCAGAAGGGACCAACUAUGGAGUUUCAUAGAACAAUACAUGCCAGGUCACUGGCACGUGAUUUAUUCAUAUGCUAUGCAAGGUGCUAUAAGCAUGAAUUCCUGAAGAAUUUUUUCAUAACUACUGGAGAAAUUCAGGAUGCGGCUUUUCUAAUGUGGAAAGAGUCAUGGGAAUUGGCAAAGAACCCAAUGGCAAGCAGGGGAUCUCCCCUUCAGGGUCCUCGGAUAAAGCUCAUUGAGAAUGUGCAGAAACUUUUCUCUGAAACCAGGGAACAUGUUUUUGAGUCAAAGGCAGCUGAAGAGCAUGCAAAGUUGUUGAGGAUGCAACAAGAGUUGGAGGUCACCACAAAGCAGCCUAUUUUUGUGGAUUCAAGCAUCAGUGAUACAAUUCGAACAUGUAUUGUACUGGGAAAUCAUCGGGCUGCUCUGAAAGUUAAAACAGAAUUUAAGGUUUCGGAGAAGCGUUGGUAUUGGCUUAAAGUAUUUGCUUUGGCAACAAUCAGGGAUUGGGAUGCUCUGGAGAAAUUCUCAAAGGAGAAAAGACCACCCAUUGGCUAUCGACCAUUUGUGGAGGCAUGUAUUGAUGCUGAUGAGAAAGGUGAAGCUCUUAAAUACAUACCAAAGCUGUCUGAUCCUAGGGAGAGAGCUGAGGCUUAUGCUCGAAUUGGAAUGGCAAAGGAAGCUGCUGAUGCUGCAUCUCAGGCUAAGGAUAAUGAAUUACUAGGUCGAUUGAAAUUGACCUUCUCGCAGAAUGCAGCAGCUUCAUCAAUAUUUGAUACCCUUCGAGAUCGGUUGUCCUUCCAGGGGGUUUCUUAGUUUUGCUCUUUCGGCUCUGGCAUUUCACCUCUUCGUUGAUUUUGGAAGUAUGGAGCUGAGUGAUGGCGUUUGUUAAUAUGUUGAUAUCAUGGUUAAUGUUAUGAAGCUUCCAGAGCGAGCAUGUGACAGGCUGCUUGCUUGUUCUGGUGACCACCCUGUCAAAGAGCCUGAUUACUGCCCUUGUAUCUUCUUCUUUUAAGCUAUUGCAGUCUAUGAAAGAACACGUACAAACCAAUUGGUUUAGCUUCACUGUGGGCAGCGGGCAGCUCGCUUUGAUGCAUAGUUUUUGCCAAUGUAAUGUUAACAUCAGUUUGUAAACAAAACACAACAUGAACGGUAUAAUAUGGCUUGCAACCGCUCAGUGUGGCUUUUAGUUAUUUAUAUACGUGUUAUUGCAAGCCUUCUGUUAUUUUGCAAUUUAUUCAUCCGUUCUGUAAUCUACUCA